GCAGUUAGCUUUAUGGCGGUCUUUUUUUUUUUUUUUUUUUUUUUUUAAGCAGGGAUUUAGGAAUGUGGAGACCAGCAGCUACGUCACCCUGAAAUCGCCUGGGGUCCCGUUGCUAGAAAACUUAUCCAAAGGCUGUGAAUUAGUAACACAAACCCUCCGGGACGUUAGUCUCUGUCUCCAUGGUAACGUGGCGGACGCCCAGCCUCGGCGUUGUCGCGUCGAGCUGCCUGCAAGGGGGCGGAACCGGAGAGGAACAACGGGUCUUCGAUUUCUUUCUCUCCGUAAAGGCAUAAUCAGUCGAAGAUGGUAAGGAGAGCACAGCUGCAUCAGGACAGCAACAGCGUAAUAGCCAUUUCACAACGGAGCAUACUACCCCUACACCAGUGACACCCAGGGGACCCACUCAUCAGCAGGGGUCCCAUCCCUCCUGAAUUCCCCACUCAGCCAGCACUCUGUACCUUCAUCCAGCAUGACUCCAUCCAGCGGAGCCCCCACCAUCCUUCCUUUCAAGUUCCGUCCGCGCAGGGAGAGCGUGGACUGGCGGCGAAUUAACGCUGUGGACAUAGACCUGGUGGUGAGCCAGCUGGAUGUGGACGCCCUGCAGGAGCACAUCAGCAGUGUUACAUUCUGCAGCUUGGACGGGGAGCGAUGUCAGCGGUGCCAGUGCCCUGUGGACCCAGCUCUGGUCAAGCUCUUGCAGCUGGCCCAGCUCACAGUGGAGUGGCUCCUCCACUGCCAGGAAUUUCUCACCCUCAACCUGCGUGCGGUGGAGGAGCGGCUGGCGGCCGCUGACAGGGACCGCGAGCAGCUGCUGGCUCAGCAGAAGAAGCAGGAUGAGAAGGUGAAGACACUGACCGCCGAGCUCAAGCAGAGGAGGAGGGUUAUUCGCACCCAGCAGUCCAUGCUCACGCCACGAAUCAGCAGCAGCCACAAGUGUCCACAUUGUGAUAAAUCCUUCCUCAAUUCCUCGUUUCUCCAGAAUCACAUGCAGCGCCGCCACCCUGACGAGUAUGAGAUUGAGUUGCGGUCAGACAGUGAGAAGAAAUCUCAGAUUGAAAGCCUUAAAUUGGAGAUCAACAGUCUGAAGGAGCAGAUUGUUCAGCAGCAACAGGACUUGCAAGCCAAAACAGCUCAGGAAAAAGAGCAGCAGUCCAUGCACAGGGACCUGCUGAGAGAAUUGGACCGUUUUAAGGCUGAGGAGAUGGCACGCAUGGACAGAAAGAUAGAAGACAGCAGGGAUGGCAUGCGCAGGGAGAUGGAGUUUCUUUACACCCGAAAUGUUCAAGCUCUCAAUGAAGCAAAUCAGAAUCAGACAGCCAGGCAUGAAAAACCAGCCAGCCCUGUUCACUCGCAGCCCGAGAGAGAUCUGGACAACUACAGAGAGAUGCAGAUACAAGCCAUGCAAAAGCUGGAACAUCAAAUGAAGAAACAGGACAAAAAGUGGGGAUCCAGGCUGCAGGAAAUAAAGGCCCAACACGAGUCUGAAAAGAAUCAGUUGCUGAACGAGUUGAGCAGAAUGCAGUUGUCUGUGUCGGAGCACCAGGAGAGCAGCCACAGGCUGCAGCAGGAGAUGAGCAGGAGGCUGCAGGAGAAGGAGCAAACCAUCCGGGCUCAGAGGGAGCAGAUAAGGAAUUAUUCCUCAAAUCCACCCACCAAAAUAGUGGAAGUACCAGUCAUCGCCAGUGCACCAGCUCCAGAGCCUAAACCAAAAAGAGUUGUACUUGAGGAGCCAGUCUCUGCUCCUAAGCUGGAUCCUAUACAGGAGCUGUCAGAGGAGGAGAAAGACUCAAGCAGCUUCUCUGAGAGGAGGCCAGUGGAGAAGAAGGCCGAGCCUGUACCAGAGAAGAAGCACAGGAUGACCACCAGUGCUCUAAAAAGGAACCCCAACAUCAAGAAAGAGAUGCGUCCAGAUCUUGAGCAGGCUGUUAUUGAGAAGCUGGAGAACCUGGGAGUCAAGCCUGAUCAGAGUGGUCUGAAGGACAAAGAGCUCGCCUCCAUCCUGGCCAGGGUGCAUUUGAAGCGGCAGAGCAUUGCAAAGGGGAUGCCCGAGUACUGGCGCCAUCGGGAGGAGAUAACCAGCACUGUGGAGCAGAAGCUGGGCGGUCAGAGGAGAGGCAGUGACCCUGCUCCUGAGUCACAGGCCAGAUCCAGACAAUCGGUUCAAGUGUUGCAGAUCCGCCCUCGAUCCAGUAGCCUGCCCUCCAGAGCGACCCAGGUGGUGUCUGGACCUGCAGUCAAACAACCCAAGACCCCCCAGCCGGCACCAAGGAUCAAGGCCACCACCCAACCCAAGACAUCUACACCCAAGGCCGCUCUGAGGACCUUCGCAUCCAAGACCCCUCCUUUCAGUUCAGAUGAAGAAUCUGAAGAAGAGGACACAGACAUGGAGGAGGAACAGCGCCAAAAACACCACAGGGGCAAAUCACCACAGCCCAGACUAAACCAGGUCCAAAUCAGAGCAAGCAAAGCCAGUCCGGUACAGGCUAGGCCGGCUCCAGCCAGCCACUCAUUCUCCUCCAACCCCCAGCAGGCCAGGGGGCCAGUGGGCGGCGUGACCAGGACUACAGUCACAAAGAUAGAGAGUGAUGAGGAGGAGUGGUCCGAGGUCAGCGAGCUGCAGGAGAUCGACCCAAAGCGUCUCCAGACUUACAAAGACCAGAACGGCAACGUGGAUAAGAGAAACUUUGGCAUAGAGAACAAAAUCAAUGACCUGGCCAGAAAAAUGGAGAAGCAGUUUGCAGAGAGAGCAAUAGAGAAACCAGCAGGGGGCGUCAGCAUCUUACCAGAGAGGAAGGACAUGAUUCAGGAACUCACAUACACAGAUCUAGAGGAGAGCAGUGAGUGGGUGGUCUCCUCCUUAGAGGACAAACCGGAGACGUCGAAACCAGCUCAGGGCUCUGGACCAAUGAGGAAGAGCCUGGACUCACCCAGCACCAGUGUCUGGGGAACCUCCACAGGAAGGGGUGCCAAAUCAGGUCUGACUGAAGCGGGAACAGGAAGCACCCUAAAGAGCAGCCUGUGCUCCCUCAGUGACAUCAGCGACUCGGAGGACAUUAGCAAUAAAUAACAAUAAACACUACAGCUUAGCAGGUGAUGUAGCUCUACGCAAAGCACAGACACAAAAGACCUCAGUCAACUCUUCUGACACCUACAGUCCAUGCCGUAUGCCAAAUGCCAUAUUUCAUACCGUUAUUAUAGGGAAGCUAUGACAGAGAGAGCAAUACUUAACAAAGGGACUUUGGAUUCACACAUUUGUAUAGAAAAGAAGACCAUCUAAUAAAUGUGUUAAAGAUAAAUUAGAUUACAGCUUUGAUCGAUCCGUCUCACCUAAUGCCUUGUGCCAAUUCUUUGCUUGCCUUAGAUUAUACUAUUUUUAGUUUUUAACUCUAAAUAGUCUUUUUUUUUUUUUUUUUCGUUUCACUGAAUUAUAACCCACACUCUAAAUGAGAUGCUGUAUGUAGUUUGUGUAAAAUUUUGUACAUCAAAUUUUAUAAUGCCUUCAUGUGUUAAAUGAAGCAAUGAGAUGGGAUUUUGUAUAGCAAAUAUUUAUACAAGCAAUAAAAGAUUUCUUUGUGGAAUACAUACUUGAACUUAAUUUUUACAUGAAACAAUCUGGGCACAAGCAGAAUAACCCAAACUGAUUUAUUACGAAUUUGUCACAUUAUCAUUGUUUUCACACUUGGUUUAAUAAGAUAAUUCACAUUUCCAGUCAUGCAAGACUUCUUAUCACAUCAUUUUUAACAUUAGGUCCGUGUUAGCUAAUGCUCUGCA